AAACCACCGGAAAUCGCUGCGACUCGUCGAGAAAUCGGGAUAGGGAAGCAAUGGUGGGGAGGAAGCCGCUCCGGCGGCGCCGGCACGACGCGCCGCCGCCGCCACCGCCGGCUUCGUUCGGCGCCACGCCUCGCCCGGCCUCCACUCGCUCCUCACCCGUGGCCGCGGUCGCCGAGGAGCUGGACGAUCUGCUCCUCACGGCACCGCCGCCGCCGUCGGCGUCGGGGUCGGAGCCGCGGAGCUUCCCCUACGUGGUGAAGCAGCAGUGCUGGGAGAAGGCGGAGCGGGUGGACGGGCGCGACCCGGAGAGGUGGCGCCGCGACGCGCUCGGCAACGUCGUCUUCCGCAAGCUCGUCGGGUGCCCCGGCUGCCUCUGCCACGACUACGACCACAUCGUCCCCUACUCCAAGGGCGGGAAGAGCACAUUGGAGAACUGCCAGCUUUUGCAGGCUACUGUAAACCGAUCUAAAGGGAACAAAACAGAGAUAUCCAAAUCUGAGCUCAUACAGAAGAGUGCCUAUUGUAGGGUCUCAGGACGUGAUAUGGAUCUUCUUGAACUCUCUGCCUAUGGGAAUGUCAGGCGAGGGCCAGAUUCAGGUGGUUGCAGAAUCCAAUGAUAAUCAGUUUCCAAAAGCUGCCUGCCUGCCUGCCUCAAAUCUGAUAAGAGAAAUCCUCAGCUGAUGUCUGUGCCAACUAUGUAUAAUUUCAUCAUCUGUAAUUUUGACACUUCCCAGUGAUUUAUCUGAGAAAUAGAAUCUCUGCCAUUUUGGAACCCAGAAUCAUCUUUGUUCUGUUCCAUGUCUUAUUUACCAUCGUAUGAUUUAUCUGGAAAAUGAGAGUAAAAGCAAUGCAUAGGAAGAUUAUUAAAUUUGAUUAAUAUUGAAAUCCAGCAAAA